UAAGAAGAGAAGAUUGACACUUAGUUUGUUUGUUUGCUAUUAAAGAAAGCAUCCCUUUAGGGCGCCAUUUUCGCAUCUCUCUCUCUCUCUCUCUCUCUCUCUCUCUCUCUCUCUCUCUCAUGGCCUCAAUUGGAUCGACAAUCUCCAUUGGAGCUGUGCAUGAACAAACCAUCAAAGAAGCUCAAGUCUUUUCCACCGCCACCACUACCACCCACCGUCAUGGCAAACAACUAGAUGCUGGUGCCCUAUUUGUUCUUAAAUCCAAAGGGUCAUGGUGGCACAGUGGUUUUCAUUUGACAACAUCAAUAGUAGCACCACCAUUGUUGAGUCUUCCGUUUGCGUUUGCAUCACUUGGAUGGACUGCCGGAGUGAUAUCUUUAGUGGUCGGAGCAAUUGUGACAUUUUAUUCAUAUAAUCUCAUUUCUCUUGUCCUUGAACACCAUGCUGAGUUGGGUAAUCGUCACCUCCGGUUUCGUGACAUGGCAUAUGAUAUAUUAGGCCCAAAAUGGGGUAAAUAUUAUGUGGGCCCAAUCCAAUUCAUGGUGUGCUAUGGUGCAGUUGUUGGUAAUAUCCUUUUGGGAGGUCAGUGCCUCAAGGCAAUAUACAUACUAUGGAAUCCAAAUGGAACAAUGAAGCUUUACGAAUUUGUGAUUAUUUUUGGAAUUUUAAUGUUGAUUUUGGCACAAAUUCCAUCCUUCCAUUCCCUUCGCCAUAUCAACCUCCUUUCUCUAAUCCUAUGCCUCCUCUACAGCGCCUGCGCCACCGCCGCUUCUAUUUACAUCGGAAGUUCUUCAAAAGGACCCCAUAAGAACUACUCCUUGAGCAACAACGAUGAGACUCGAAUUUUUGGAAUCUUUAAUGCAAUGGCAAUCAUCGCCACCACUUUCGGAAACGGAAUCAUUCCAGAAAUACAAGCGACGCUGGCACCGCCGGUGAAGGGGAAGAUGUUCAAGGGGUUGUGCGUAUGCUAUGCGGUGGUCACCGUCACGUUUUUCAGUGUGGCGGUUUCCGGUUACUGGGCGUUUGGGAACGAAGCCGGAGGUUUAAUUUUGAACAAUUUUCUCAAUGAAGAUGGGAACCCUUUGGUUCCGAGGUGGUUCAUUAUGAUGACUAACAUCUUCACUAUCCUCCAGCUCUCUGCUGUUGCAGUCGUUUACUUGCAGCCAACGAACGAAGUUCUUGAAAGAGCGUUUUCGAAUCCAAAGAGCGGCGAAUUCUCAGCUAGAAAUGUGAUUCCAAGAUUGGUAUCGAGAUCGAUGUCUGUGAUUUUGGCAACGACGAUAGCAGCAAUGUUGCCAUUUUUUGGAGAUAUUAAUGCGAUGAUCGGAGCAUUUGGGUUUUUACCAUUGGACUUUGUUUUACCGGUGGUGUUCUUUAAUCUGACGUUUAAGCCAUCGAAGCGCAGCCCUAUCUUUUGGUUGAACUCGACCAUAGCAGUGGUGUUCUCGGCGGUCGGAGUUACGGCGGCGGUUGCUGCGGUGAGACAAAUAAGCCUUGAUGCCAAGACUUAUAAACUAUUUGCUAAUGUAUGAUCUGAUUCAUAGUAUUUUAACGAAUUUUAUAACCCGAAAAGAAUAUGGGUCCGGUUCAAAUCUUUCGGGUGUAAAAUAGAGAUAAGUCGCUAGUAAAAUUUCUACUAUUAUGUAAUUGGUAAUUGGUAAUUGGUAAUUAGUGGUCGAAUUUGGGUUUAGUUAUGCACCUAUUAAGUCAUAACAAGUCCUACGAUAAUAUAUGCAACGCUUGGAAAUAUCA